UUUAGAUGUUGGACUACAACCAUAAUGUCAGAUGUUCCUAUUACAGCUAUGAUAGAGGGGGAGCCUGAGACACCCAGAACCAGGAGACGGUCCACCUACGCGAGUCACAGGGUCUCCGUGGUGUCCAACAAGAGGUCCGUGAUAUCCAUGGCCCCCGAGAUGGCACGGCCUGUUCCAGUCAUAAGGUGGCUGAGGAAGGAACUCAGAGAAAAGAUUUAUAUGAAAUUGUAUGCUGACAAAUUCCUGAAGGAAGGAUAUGAAGAUACGAGCUUCAUUGCUGGUAUGACUAAUGAGGAUCUGAAGAACAUUGGCGUGGACACAGAUUUUCACAGAGAGAAGCUGUUGACGGAGAUUCACAAACUGACAGAGUUCGAGCAGGAAACGGCCGUGCCUGUCACAUCAAAAGAAUCAACUCAGCCAUAA